UGGUCAUUGCUUUUGUGAUUUUCCAAUAAGCUGUAUAAGUGUUUUUCUCAUUUUCUGUCCAAUGAUUAUUUUUACUUUUUUUAUUUAUUAUGGCAUUUCAUCUGCAAAUGGUAUCGAUAUAAAUCCAAAUGAGAAAUCAGACAUUACUUAUUAUAAUGCUUCAAAAGCUCAAUUAAUUGUUGAUAAACUUUGUAAUUCGUGGAAUCAAGGAAUCUAUGCUGGGGAUUUUUGUGAAAUUUUGUGUGCAAAGAAUUGGACUUUAGUUGAUUAUUUUGAAGGUGGAAAUAAAAAAGUAUUUAAAAUACAUUUGAAUGGAGCUGAUAUAAUUGUGAAGGUUCUCGAUAUUGUAAAUGACCAUCUUCGAUUAGAUUGGCCAAGGAGAUACAAAAAACAUUUAAUUCGUAAAUUAUGGCCAAAUUAUAAAGAUGGUUUAAAAUUGAAAGAAUCAGAAAAAAGAAGUAUUUGGACAUUAAUACAACAAAAUGAAUAUAUUAAUCAAGCAGUUCUUCAAAUGAGUAGAGUUACACCUAAAAUUUUAGGGGUGUGUGGACAUUCUUAUCAAUCUGAACAGCUUAUUCCUUUUCGAAUGAAGCCUUAUUAUUUAAAUUUAAAAGCAAAAAUUUUAGUUCAUUUAAUGGGAACUUUAAAACUUUUUUAUGAAUUUUUGAAUGAACCGUUACAAUGGUGUGAUGUUAAAUUUGAGAAUUUGGGAUUGUCUGCUUCAUAUCCAAAAAGAUUUGUAAUGAUGGAUAAUGAUAUGUUAUAUACAGAAACUAAAUUAACUGAAAUAUUAACUAGUCAAAGUUGUUUAAAUGACUCUGAUUGUGGACUUUUUGAUUGUGAAAGUCGUUGUAAUAUAGAAAGCGGAUUCUGUUCGGCAAGAACCAACGACAACGUUGAUGUUUUUUGUAAAAAAUUGGUUAAUCAGCAACUUUUUGGGACUUUUUGGUCAAAAUCAAAUAAAUAUUUAGCUGCAUGCCAUCAAGAUCCAGUAAAUGCUUCUCAAAGGCUUAAUGAACUUCGGUUAGUUUGGAGUUGGACUCUUUCAGAUGUUUGA